CGACAGAUGCAUGGUGGUCCAUUGAACUGCAAAUUGUAUCGUGUGCAAUGACGCGGCUAAUACCGCUUUAAUCGCCAUUUCAACGUACUUUUUGAAUGAAAAUGUUAUACUCAUUUUUAAAGCAUCACUAAUAUUGCUUGUCGAUCAAACAUUAGCUGGUAUAAAAAUGUUUCCUUUAACGCAAGCUAAAAAAUGUUUAUUCGCAUCGGUAAUUUUUCAUAUUGGUUUUGUCGCACUGUUUUAUUUUUUCAUUAUAAAUUUCCAAAUAUACACAAAGAUGCACGACAAAUUCGCAAGUGAAUAUAAUUUGGUAGCUAUUCCAGCCCACCAAUCAGCAUUGUUCCACGACAACAAGCAUACGUCCAAUAUUACAGUGAGUGAAAAGGCAGAACACAAAACGGAGGUUGACUCCAUAAACGAUGGCAACAACAGCUCAUUCGAUGUUCUUCAAGAUAAUGUCAAUAAAAACAAGGGAUCAUCAAUGAGUGCGUUCCUCAACAUACUAUGCUUGGCCAUCGGUGUUGGCUCGCUGCAACUUUCAUACACGCUUAAACAAAGCGGAUGGGUCGGCGUUUUGUUUAUUGUAUUUGCCGCCGGCGUGGCCUAUUUGACAUCCACCAUUACGGCAGAGUGCAUGUAUCUAAAACCUGGUGGCGGAAGAUUAGCUGGAUACCAUGAUAUAGGCCACGCGGCCUUUGGGCGUAUCGGGUACUACACAAUCACUGUCUUCAAUAUGCUUAACAUCAUGGGCUCUGUGGGCAUAUAUGCGAUAUUGUCUGCCACCAACACCUCGGACUUGUUUGCUCAAGUUGGCAUGAAUGUCAGUCCACGCCUGCUAAUGAUAAUCAGCAUGGUAAUAAUGUGUGCGCCGACAUUGUUUGCCAAGACUUUGGCCGAGACACUGCUGGUCAGCAUAAUUGGCACUGCAACAUCAGUAAUUGUGACGCUCGCUGUGAUAGUCAUGGCAUGUGUGUAUCCAAUUCGAGGCGAAAACGUGUAUGUGGGGAAUACAGUCACACACACGGGGGCUAUCUCGCACUUUGGCGCUAUUCCUGGCGGAUUUGCUGUAUCGCUGUCUUCGGUUACGUUUGCGUAUCUCGGCACAACCAUUGUGCCACAUAUCGAGGGCGGCAUGCGGCAGCCGGAAAAGUUUAACAGGGUGUUUGGGCUGGCGAUGUUUGUUAUCGCCUCAAUAUACGUGGUCAUGGCAACCACGGGUUAUUGGGCAUACGGCAGUUUCACACAGUCGCCAAUAACACUUAAUUUUCCAAAGCUUUGGCCGACAACACUGGCAAACAUCUGUAUAACAAUACAUGUUUUGUUUGCGGGCCCACUUUAUCUGGUACAAAUGGCACUGGAAAUUGAAGGCGGCUUGGGCAUAUCGAGCAAGGGAAAGAAAAUGGAGCGUAUUUGGCGAUUUGGCAUUAGAAUCGGUUCUGUACUGAUAAUUCUGGGAAUAGCCGAGGCCCUGCCGUUUUUCGAUGAGGUCAUUACUCUAAUCGGCGCUCUGACAAAUCCCGUGCUAAUAUACCUUGCGCCCAUUGCGUGCUAUGUCAAGCUGAAAGGCUGGAGAAAUUGUAGCAAAGCUUCGCUUGUUGGCUUGUCAUCGCUAUUGGUGUUUGGCCUUUUGGUCAGCGGAUUCGGACUCGUUGAAACAAUUAUAAAUAUUGUUCAAGAGCUCGGCCAUACGUAA